CAGCACCCUCUUGAUUCGUGUGCCGAACACCUUAUUCUCCCGUAGAAGUCGAAACCACCCCGUCUUCAGCCAUCGCGUGCUUCACCAUCACCUUCCUUUGAAUUUUUCCUACUUUGUUCUUGUGCACUCAAUACCAAGCCGUCACCGGAUAGGCUCCUGUUGGAAUUCGGCGACGCUGGCUACUUGGUCAAUUGCGCUUAUUUGUAAUACUCUGGGUUUCUCGAAUCUACCUCUCCAUCGCUUGUAAUAAUUAUCAUUCGACAAACAAUCGGUCACAAUGGGUUGCGGAAUGAGCACGGAGGAGAAGGAGGGCAAGGCCCGGAACGAGGAGAUUGAGAACCAGCUCAAGAGGGAUAGGUUGCAACAGCGCAAUGAGAUCAAGAUGCUUCUGCUUGGAGCCGGUGAAUCCGGAAAGUCCACCAUUCUCAAGCAGAUGAAGCUCAUCCACGAAGGCGGCUACUCACGAGACGAGCGGGAAUCUUUCAAAGAAAUCAUCUUCAGCAACACGGUUCAGUCCAUGCGCGUCAUCUUGGAGGCCAUGGAGUCGCUCGAGCUGCCUUUGGAGGAUCAAAGGAUGGAGUACCACGUACAGACCAUCUUCAUGCAGCCUGCUCAGAUCGAAGGCGAUGUUCUGCCACCUGAGGUUGGCAACGCCAUUGAGGCUUUGUGGAAGGACCGCGGUGUCCAGGAGUGCUUCAAGCGUUCAAGGGAAUACCAAUUGAACGACUCUGCCAGAUACUACUUCGACAACAUUGCCCGCAUUGCUGCGCCAGACUACAUGCCAAACGACCAGGACGUGCUUCGAUCUCGUGUCAAGACAACCGGUAUCACCGAGACGACUUUCAUCAUUGGCGACCUCACUUACCGAAUGUUCGAUGUCGGUGGUCAACGUUCCGAGCGAAAGAAGUGGAUUCACUGCUUCGAGAAUGUCACGACAAUUCUCUUCCUCGUCGCCAUUUCCGAGUACGAUCAGUUGUUGUUCGAAGACGAGACGGUCAACCGUAUGCAGGAGGCUCUCACACUUUUCGACUCCAUCUGCAACUCGAGGUGGUUCAUCAAGACCUCCAUCAUCCUCUUCUUGAACAAGAUAGAUCGCUUCAAGGAGAAGCUGCCCAUCAGCCCGAUGAAGAACUACUUCCCCGACUACGAGGGUGGAGACGACUACGCUGCGGCCUGUGACUAUAUCCUUAACCGAUUCGUCAGCUUGAACCAGCACGAGACAAAGCAAAUUUACACACAUUUCACCUGCGCCACGGACACCACACAGAUCCGCUUCGUCAUGGCGGCUGUUAAUGACAUCAUCAUACAAGAGAACCUCCGUCUCUGUGGUCUCAUCUAAAAUCAAUGCCGCUAAAGCACCACCACUACUACCCUCAUUUAUCAGCUUUUCCCUCGGAUACCCAAUAUGCAUCAAUAAUCGACGAGCCCUCAGGCGAUCUGGUCCUCUUGUGAGCCUCUAUGCCAACGGAGUCACAGGCGUCUUGUACUCCACCCAAAGAAGCCGGGAAAACAAGGUCCAUGGAUUCUUCAAACAUUUCCAUUAUUAAAUUUUCGGUCAUCUCGGUCCUGUUUCUUCGUUUUAUUAUUCAGCUAUGUUUGUUCUAUUCUCUACAUCUAUUUCCUUACAAUUGAGCUUCGCACGCGAGCGCGAGGUUACGCUAUAUAAUAGCGGGGUUUCCUUGUUUCUGUUACUUUUUUUUCACUUUUCCUGUUUUUUCCAACCUUGAUGUAUGUGCUCCUUUCUUUGUAACAACUGUGAAAGAUCUAGGAGGCAGGCGUGGUGAUUGAAGAGAAGCUUGGCGGGAUACGAAAUGGCUCAUGUGUCUUCUCUUUUGCUUUAUUUUUGAAAUCGAGAAUAAGGAAAAAAAAACUCAACACACACAAAGCGUGGACAAGGGACCUAAGCCUCUUCUUUUUUGGGUUAAGACUUGCUGGCAACGGAUGCGGAGAUCAGUGAACUCCAUCCUUAGGUUAUCGUCCUCUCUCUCUCUUCAUACCUACCUACCUGUGUAAUCUCUUGUGGCGACUUUGAUACCUAGGAUCGGCCCGUAAGAACACGAACCCGACGAGUGUUGAAUAAGCGAAAAACAAAGAACCGUUUUUUUGGGGUAUAUGGAAUGGAC